AUGUGCGUACGUACUAAAACCUCGUACGGAUGUGGAUGCGAGUUCAAGACCACUGUUGAGUGCCACUCAUCGCACUGUCAAGGCCUGGAGCGGUACCAUUACCCUCGGGAAGGUGAUUGCCGUACCUGUAAACUAGGCGGCGAUGGAGUGACCCGGGGCCGGGAAGGCAGAGGUCGUCAUGCACAAGAGAUCUCUAGACAUGCUCGAACGGAAGGCGCCAGCGAGUCCUCUGACGACCGUGUACUUUCGCCCUUGGAAAUUGGGGGAGGCAUAAGUCCAUGGGCAGUGCCCUUGAAGCGAGAGAAAGAAUGGCACAGCCCUUCCAGAAAAAAGGCAGACGACGCCUGGCUGGAAGAGCAUGUGGAGAGAAAUUCAGAUUUGCAGACGAUUCGAGAAUCAAUGUCUGCGUGUGCCAUACCCGACCAGGCAUCUACCGCCUUCUAUUCUCCCUCUCGUCGAGCCCGAGGCGCACAUGAGUACGAGCAUGAUGAUAGCCAUCACCGCCGUGAGCGUGAUGAGUACUAUGGGCAGCCACGACGGGGAGACACGGUGGAGUGGCCGCUCCAUAUCGAAAUACGAAGUGUGCCCGACCAUGGUCAUGGAAGCAAUCGUCGACCAGUGCGACGACACAGACACGACAGCCAGGAGAGUUUUGAAAGCACCCCCAGCUCCCGAUCUUCUCGAAAAUACAAACCCGCUCCGACCACAUACACGACCUAUGAUCAUUUCGAACCUUACGACUCUGGGUACGGCUCUUACGGGUCUCGAGCUUCCCACGGCUAUGAAGUGGCCAAAACAGAACCAUACACCUACUCACCGAUACCACGUACUGUCAGCAUCAAGCCACCUUCGACAGCAUCGCACGGCGUUUACCAAACAGGAUUUGGGGUCGGAGGUGUCGACGUUGUCUCCCGAGCUCCGCUAUUUGCGUACAGCACACGGAGACAUUGA